GGUUGGAUGCUAUUUUCCUCGGUUUUGCCGGUUGUUUGUACGGCUGUUGUCGUGGUUUGUGCGGUUUUUGUGGAUUGUGCGGUUUUUGUGGAUUGUGCGGCGGUUUCGGAUUGUGCGGCGGUUUCGGAUCGUGCGGUGGUUUCGGAUCGUGCGGCGGUUUCGGAUCGUGCGGCGGUUUCGGAUCGUGCGGCGGUUUCGGAUCGUGCGGCGGUUGCGGUUUUUGCGACGGUUGUG